AUGCCUUCGAACACGCCUCCUACGAAUGCGCCGGCUCCAAAGGCAAACCCUGGUAUCGUCAAUACGGGUUCGCGACCCUAUCGAUCUCACAAAGUAAGAGCAUGCGACCUGUGUCGCAAGCGCAAGUCGCGAUGUACGGUCGAUAUUCCGGGUCAGUCAUGUGUGUUAUGCCGAAUCCAAGGCGCCGAUUGCCAUUACCAAGAGGACUCUAUGCCAGAAGAUGCACCAACCAUUGGAACUGACAAGCAUGCUUCAUCGUCAUCUUUCGCGGGGCACAAGCGCAAGCGGAGGUCCGAAGCUCUUGACCAAGAUAUUGAUAGCUACGAUAACUCGGCAUCAGAGCAAGUGAACGGCUCAUCGACUUUUCAUAUACCCAGCGAGAAGCGUGAUGAAAGUUUGCGCCGGAAAAUCGACGACCCUCAAAAUGAGUCAGUGCUGAUCGUGGGUCCGGUCGCCGCGGAAGACGCUCAAGUAAUUGAGAAGUUCAUGCCUUCGGAACGAUCGAGCAAGAUUGAGAAUGGGAACAAGCCGUAUAACGUAUAUUCGAACGACCCUCGAAAGCCGAUUCUCUACACUACGGUUUCAAGGCGGCGCCAAGGUGUGCGCAUUGGGUGUCCACCAGGUGAAAAUCAGAAAGAGAUCCUGGAGCAUCUACUUGGACCAUUCAAGCAAGACUUAGUCAGACUCUUCAUCGAUCGAUUCAAUGUGGCGUUUCCCGUAUUUGAUGGCCAAGCCUUUUGGGACGCAUAUAUUUCUGAUGCCGAUGACCUACCAACUACCCUUUUGUGUCAUGUAUAUGCGAUGUCUCUUGUCUAUUGGAAACAUACGCCGAAAUUUGCCCGUCACCCCAAGCCUGAUGUCCGGUAUGCCAUCAACCUGACUGUGGCAGCAUUGCACGAAGAUUAUUCGGCACCGGGAUUGUCUACAGUAAGCGCAGCGUUACUGGAUCUUACAGGACGUCCCAUAUUCUCCAUGACAGGCAAUGCGAUCAGCUGCGGACGGCUAGUUUCGCUCGCGCAUUGUUUAGGUCUGAAUAGAGAUCCAAGCAAUUGGAAGGUUCCUCUGAGUGACAAAAAGCAACGAAUCAGGUUGUGGUGGGGUGCUGUCAUCCAUGAUCGAUGGGGAAGUUUUGGACACGGCGUGCCGCCUCAGAUCUCCAAAAGCCAAUAUGAUGUUCCUCUGCCCAGUGUAGAGGUUUUGGUGACACAGCCUAGAGCCACAAGCCAGCACAUUCGUGCGGCACAUUGCCAUAUCUCUCUUUGUCGGUUGACAGAAAUUUUAGGCGAGCUGCUGCCGCUGGUUUACCAAUUGCAGAAUAAACCUGGUCGGGAAAAUUCCAAGAAACUCAGACAUAUACGGACCGAUCUCGAUACCUGGGAGGACUCAUUGCCGGAAUGGCUGCGUGCCCCAGUAUCUGAAUCGGAGAAUCCUGCUAGUGGAGCAAGCAGCUUACAUCUGGCGUUCCUUGCUGUAAAGAUGCUUGUUUGUCGAGUGGAACUCCACGAGGUAAAUAAUACGGAAACCGACAACCCAGAAGCCCGUCGAUACUUUCAAACCGAGUGUCGCAAGGCUGCAGAAGAAAUCGUCCACUUUAUGUGCUCAUUACAACCGGCAAACUUUAGAGAAUUCUGGUUGCCUUACAGCGCUUUCCACCUCACUUCCACGGCCACCUUGCUUGUACGUUGUGCGCUCGAAACUACAGACCAAGAAAUCGCGCGGUCAUGUUUGACAAAUGUUGACAACUUACGAAAUUUUCUACGAAAAAUUCGCGACGAAGAAGACUUUGACGUGGCCGACAUGUGCUUGGACCAUUGCGAAAGAAUCAUUACUCAGCACCCAGAGAUCAGCAACCUGACGGCCGCAGCAGGCGGUCAGCCAGAAGAUCAAGCAGUAUACAGAGGCCCGGUCGAAGAAACAAUGGCCAUGAAUCCUGCCGCUAUCAUUCUACCUGAAACCACAACAAACAACGACAUCGUCGAUGACAUGAUGUCCAUCUCCGGAACAUUCGGCACGAUGGACGGUUUCCCAUUCGACAUGACUGGUAUUUGGGACGUUUCUGGGUUUCAAGACGUAAAUUUCACCUGA